AGCCAGCUCUCCCAGGCGCUGAACGGGCUGUCAGACAGGGCCAAGGAAGCCAAGGAGUUCCUGGUACAGCUGCGCAACAUGGUCCAGCAGAUCCAGGAGAACAGUGUGGAGUUCGAGGCCUGCCUGGUGGCGCAAUGUGAUGCCCUCAUUGAUGCCCUCAACCGGAGGAAAGCCCAGCUGCUUGCCCGUGUCAACAAGGAGCAUGAGCACAAGCUAAAGGUGGUUCGAGAUCAGAUCUCUCACUGCACAGUGAAAUUGCGCCAGACCACGGGUCUCAUGGAGUACUGCCUGGAGGUGAUUAAGGAAAAUGAUCCUAGUGGCUUUUUGCAGAUUUCUGAUGCCCUCAUAAGGAGAGUGCACCUGACUGAGGAUCAGUGGGGGAAAGGCACGCUCACUCCCAGGAUGACCACGGACUUCGACUUGAGUCUGGACAACAGCCCCCUGCUGCAGUCCAUCCACCAGCUCGACUUUGUGCAGAUGAAAGCUUCCCCUCCAGUCCCAGCGACUCCCAUCCUGCAGCUGGAGGACUGCUGCACCCACAACAACAGCGCCACGCUGUCUUGGAAACAGCCGCCUCUGUCCACGGUGCCCGCGGAAGGAUACAUUCUGGAGCUGGAUGACGGCAAUGGCGGUCAGUUCCGGGAAGUAUAUGUAGGAAAGGAGACCAUGUGCACCGUGGAUGGUCUUCACUUCAACAGCACGUACAAUGCUCGCAUCAAGGCCUUCAACAAAACGGGAGUCAGCCAGUACAGCAAGACGCUGGUCCUGCAGACGUCUGAGGACACAGACUCAGAAGAACAGACAGUCCCUUUUCCAGUGCCUUCGGAAAGAUUGCCGCUCCGUAGAAUGAGUCCUUUCUCCUCCACCCUUAAUCUACAACCCAGCUUCCCCGGGAGAGCCUACUUUGAUUUCCGAUCCUCACCCCACCAGCUGAGCUUGCAUUCCUCUUUACAGUCUCUCAAUGCACCCGGAUGCAAUUUUGAGACACAAUCUGCAUCUUACUCUCAAUUAGUUGACAUUAAAAAGCUGUUGGCAGUGGCCUGGUUUGCUUUCGACCCUGGCUCGGCACACUCUGACAUCAUCUUCUCCAAUGACAACCUGACUGUGACCUGCAGCAGCUACGAUGACCGCGUGGUGCUGGGGAAGACCGGUUUCUCCAAGGGCGUCCACUACUGGGAGCUGACAGUGGAUCGCUAUGACAACCACCCCGACCCUGCCUUUGGCGUGGCUCGCAUCGACGUGAUGAAGGAUGUGAUGUUAGGAAAGGACGACAAAGCUUGGGCAAUGUAUGUGGACAAUAACCGGAGCUGGUUCAUGCACAACAACUCGCACACCAACAGAACUGAGGGAGGGAUCACAAAGGGGGCCACAAUUGGGGUCCUCCUCGACUUCAAUAGAAAAACCUUGACGUUUUUUAUCAACGACGAACAGCAAGGUCCCAUCGCGUUUGAGAACGUGGAGGGCCUGUUCUUCCCGGCAGUCAGCCUCAACAGGAACGUGCAGGUCACGCUUCGCACGGGGCUCCAGGUCCCCGACUUCUACUCCAGCAGAGCAUCAAUAGCCUAGGAGUGCGCCGUGGAGGCGCCAGCUGCCUGUUCUCACCUCCCGCCCGAGAGUGACCGCCGGGAGCCCAGCCAGACCUGGAGGGAGCGAGGAGGAGAAACGCUGGUCCUCAUACCCGCAGCGCCCCCACACAGCCUUCCCUCCAGCCUCUACUGCUGUGAAGCCUGCUUUCUCUUCCAUAGUCAGCAGUUCUAACCAACAGAGGACCUACACAGCCCACCGUGUCACUUUGUUUCCAAACCCAGAUUUUGCUUUUAUUUACAUUAAUUUUUAUGUAGGUGAGUUAUCUCUUGUUUUUCUUCCGAUCGUGUCAUUGGUGACUUACAGACUGGCACUGCCAAGAGAAAAUUCUCCUAAUAACUUUUUUCUUAAGCUCUCUGUCAAAGAGGUAGGUGGUAGGGAGAGGUAGGGAAGAAUGAGCUGAACUUGGAGCUUGCCAUUUAGAAUGUUCUUGAGGGUCCUUGCCCUGUGCCUUCUCAUGCUGCGUUACCUCUGCAUAGCUAGUCUUUUCAGCAGUGAAAACUUUUACUAUCCACUGAAGCACAAAAAUGAGAGCUACACAACUGCAUAGAGGUUCAUAGCAGUGUAGGCUCAAAGGACAUCUGGGUCAUUAGGACGGGUCAGAAACCCUGGUCACUGAUUGAAACUGGAAAGUCUCUAAACAUAGGCAGGCCAGGGAACUUCAUGAUUUGGUUCAUUUAUUUAUCACAAAUUUUUAACUGAGAACCUAUUCUGGACCAGACACUGUUCUAGAUGCUGGAGACACAAUAGUGAAUACACAGGUGUGGUCUCUGCCCUCCUGGAGCUUAUAUUGUCCCAGGAGAACAAACCAAAAAUAAAAUUGUUGAAAACUGUUACUAGUACUAGAAAGGAAGUAAAAAGGGCCAAAGAUGUUCAUUGGCAAGAUCUUUCAGAUCCCCCAGAAUGAUGCUAAAAAUCCAUACAAUCUGGUCAUAGCACCAGAAACAUACCAACUCAAUGCCUUUCCAACUGUGCUAUUCUAAUUAUGGUACCUGCUGUCAUUCAUCACAAAGCCCUUCUUUAGUAGAAAUGAUGUCAGCAUUCUUAUUUGUUAAUGCUGCAGUGAUACUAAGCCUUAAAAACUUAAUGUGAAAAAAAAAAAAAAAAGUAACAACCAGAAGGAGGAGCUCUCAUUCUCUGUAACGGGGGAUCUUAAAUUGCAGCUCACAGCAUUCCAUUCUCAGGAUUAAUGCUCUUGUCUCCGUUUAGACUCACUUUCUGUGCCUGUCACAGGUGAACUGUCCAUCCACUCAGCUGCCAUCACAACCCACCUUUCUGAACUAGUUCAAUUAAUGUUUGGAAGGAAAAUGAAAUUGUAGGUCACUGCUCUGCUCUUAACAGAGAUAAUAGCAAAAUAGCAGAAUAAUAAACGUAUUACUUCCGUGUAGAGAUAGACCUAUAUAAACUUCCUUUCAGAUUCUUUUGUUUGACAUGAAGUUUUAGAAAAUGUUGGACCUUGAAAGAAGUUCUAGUUAGUUGUCUAAAUAUUUGCCAGGGAGUCAAGAAAUUCACAAAGAAAAAAAGAAAAAAGUAACAAAAGAAAAGCAGUAAGAUUGGAAAGCUAGCAAAUUAAAGUUUGGGCAAAAAGUAAUAUCUGUAAAUAGCUAAUAGUUUACUUUUGUGCUUUAUUUAGAUUGUUUCUAUCUGCUGUGGUGUUUUUCUAAUUAAGUGUACCUAAUUUAUUGAAUGGGUGCUAUCCUGUUUGUGUCCACCUUGGUUUUUCUUGGCUACAGAACCACUCUGUUGCAGGCCAACACUCAUUUGAUAUUUGAUUUAUUCUCCAAUGAGACUUGAUGGCUGGGCCGCUGUAGACUCAUAGUUACUCUUGUUCUUUAUUAAAUUCAUCCUGCUAAUUAGAUUUCUAGUGACUGGUAACACAUAGUUUACACAGAAUUGCAAUUAUAGAUACAUAGAGCUCCUGUACUAGAAAAAAAAUGGAUAUUUCUGGUGUACCAAUAAAUGAUUUUUAUGAGAGAACAUUUUAUGUCUCUUUA